UUUUGAUAAGAAUAUUUGACGGUUUUUUUUAUCAUUGCUCGUUCGGCAACCAGUAAAUCUUAAAUCAUGAUUCAUUUCACAUAUAUGUAAAGAUAACGUUAUUUACGCGACGAGUUAUAGAUAAUUUCGAUGGUCAGGAUCGAUUUCGAAAUGGAUAGAGUGUAAUUUAUACCUUUUUCGAUUUCAUCCUCGUCCCAGUUUUGAGUUUUCUGGAAAACUGUAUGUCGUCCAACCGUAGCUAACUGGCUGCUGUUGUUGUUGUUCGGUUUCACGGGCAGCGUAAUGGAGUCCAAGUUCUCGGGUUUCAAUAAAGAAACGACGGCAAGACCGGCAUGUAAGAAAUGCGGUUAUUCCGGUCAUUUGACUUACCAGUGUCGCAAUUUCAUCAAAAUUGACCCAAACAAGGACAUUGUGCUGGAUGUAAGCAGCACGAGUAGUGAAUCCGAAGAAGAAUAUGUCACGCCAUUGGUGCAACUACGUGAAACUGAAUUAGCCCAGAAGUUAAAACAAGCAGCAGCUGAGAAGAAGAAGAAAAAAAAGAAAAAAAAAUCAAAGAAACGCAAAUAUAAAUCUUCUGACAGUGACUCAACGGAUACAGAUAAAGAAAAACGAAAGAAAAAACACAAGAAACAUAAGAAGGAAAAGAAAUCAAAAGAUUAAGUAAAAUUUAGUAGAUUACUUUGUCCAAAAUUUUAAUUUUUUAAUUAUGUAAAAUAAUUAGACAAAGGCAGUUUUAUUACUA